UGCCGAGCGGGCGGAGGGAGCCGCGGUGCGGGGCCGGGCCGCGGGUGCAGCGGGCCGGCCAUUGGCGGCGGGGAGGGGCCGCGGCCGCCCCGCCGUGUCCUAGCGACGCCCGGGGACGCGGCCGGUACCGCCGGGCCCCGCACGCCCCGCACGGCCGCCAUGAGCGGCCCGCAGCCCGGAUUUCUUGCAACCUACAAUAGCCUUACAGACAAACACCUGGCUGGAUAUUUCAGCAAUACCAGGAUAAGACGACAUCUUCGGAGAUCAGGACUGAUCUCAAGGAGUGGAAGAAUAAUAUCUGAGAAAGAAUACCGGCUAAAUGCAAUGAAGAGAGAUCACCAAAGAUAUGUACAGGAGUGCCUGGCUCAGGCCAUCUUUCAUAAGGUCCUUGACAUGGAGCGUCAUCAUCAGCUGGAAAUCAAAAGGAAACUUGAAAAUUCCGUGAGGAAGGAGAAGGUGCGGAAAAUCAAGGUGCAACAAUCCAGAAGAUCAGUGGAAGGUGCUAGCUGUAUGCGCUCCCCACAUCCACCACUUGGGCCAAAAAAUCGUUAUGGGCUCCAUCCUUUAGUGGCUGGAGAACCAGAUGGUCACUCACAACUGAGGGCACCUGGACCUGUGGUUGGUUAUAACGGUGGACAUCCUUCUCAGCAACACCGGCCCAAGGAGCCUGCCUUUUCUAAGACGGCUUCCUGGCGGCCAAAUACAGCCCCAGGACACAUGCAGCGCCCGCUUCGCCUCCAGCCGCUUCGCUGUGCUGCAGCCGGGUCUGUACCGAAGACUUCCAGCUCAAAACAGAAGUGCCAGGCACUCGAAAAUAAUCAGCAGUUUGCUGGUGAGGAGGAGAGGAGUGGGUUAAGGCUUAUGAAUUCGACGGAAUAUGUGACUGGACUAUCCCCGUAUCAACUCCCUGUCGUUAGCAAUCAUAUGAUACCAGUGCCGCCUCCCCCCCUGCAAAAGGCAGACAGGAGUGUAAAUGCAGUGAGAAACGGGGUGCCCAGAGGCAGGCGAUUUCGUCCCACCACGGCACCAAAUGGCUUAGAGCAGCUUUUAGCAAAGAAUUCCGGAGGAUUCCCUAAGCCCUCGUUACGCAGCAACGCAUUUGUUACCAUGGUCUUUCUAGGAAAAAGUGUGCAUUUAUCUUACGGUGACACUGAUUACAGAGAUGAAAUCAAAGUCUAUCAGCAGCAUUGUGGAGGAGAAAACCUGUGUGUCUACAAAGGCAAGCUGUUGGAAGGAGAGACCUUUCAGUUCGUCUCAAAGAGGCACCAUGGUUUCCCGUUCAGCCUCACCUUUUUUCUGAACGGGAUGCAAGUGGACAGGCUGAGCUGGUGCUGUGAGUACAAACACCAGAAGCAUUCCAGGCUGGGAGGCAGACACGGAUACUUCAGGUUUCUCAAUGUGGAGGGAGCAUCUCCUUGCUACAGAUGCAUUAUUGCAAUGGGUCUGGACAAAAAGCCAUCCCCUCCCAAGAGAAAGAUGGAGGCCCAUGAGGAAAAGCAUGUGGGUUCCCGGAGAGAUGGAGUGCACCGAGAGCCAAGUAAAAGCACCGUUGAGCAGAAAUCAAGCAAAGAUUCAUUGUUAGUCAUCAUACCAGGUCAUGAAGUGAGUGUGGAAACUAUUGAGGACAAAAUGGAGACCGGACAGGAGUACAGAAAAGAAGAAAGGGAAAAACUAUCUGAUCAUGAAAGUGAAGAUAGUCAGGAAGACACCGGUAAAAAUGAGUACGAUGAAGAUUUUGAAGCAGAUGAAGAAGUUAAUGAAGAGGGACAGACUGGUGAUCAAAUGAAUGGAAUGCCAAAGUCAUCCUCAGGCGAUAAGAAACAUAAUUUAGACUAUGAAAAGGAGAGUAAAACCUCAUCACAGAAGGCACUGCAGACCUCUGACAGUGAGAAAGAGCAAAGCGAUGGUUAUUCUGACAGGGACUCCGAGGAUGAUAAACAAGGUGAAUUAAACAAAGGUAAUACAGCUGUUUGUGAAAAGGUUGCAGCUGCAAGAAAGAUCCAGUCUUUUUACAGAAAGUGUAAAAUCCAACAGAAAUUCAAAUCAGAGAGGAGGCCUGCACGCUCUGUCUCAUCCAUCAGUACUCAGUAUAGCAGCGAAGAUGACUCUCAUGCUGAAACGAUGGAAGACGAUGUUAAGGGCAAAGAGGGGUAUAAUAUCAGAAGAGCAUCUGAUAACACAGCACAUGCACAAUAUGGAAAAGAGAACGGGGAGAAUAAACCACUCAGAAUGGAGGAAAAUCAGGAAAGUUCUACACUGGAAACGGAAGGAACAGAUGAAGCAGAAAAGGCAAAACCAGAAGAUCUAACAGCAAGGGAAGAUACCGGAAUUUGUCAUGAAAAUAUAACGGCAAUACAGCUUCACAGUCCUGAAGUUAACGGGGAACUCAAACAGGCUGGGUCAGCAGAAAGUAACAUCGGGGAAGAGGGGGACAAGAAUGCAAGUACCAGGAGUGAUGGUGGGGAGGAAAGUCUUCUGGAGCCUUUGGAAAGCAAUGUGACGGAAGCGGAAGACAGCAACGAAGAGUCUCUGCAGAGUGACGAAGGAGGUGUUUUUGAAGAUUGCAAACCAGUCCAGAAGGAAAUAGCAACGGCGAUUGGAAAUGAUCAUCAUGUGAACUCUGAACCUGAACCUAGUGAUUCCCCUGCAGAAGAGGAAGAAGAGAACGUAACAAGUACAGAGCCUGCUGCCAACGAAGCACCAGAUGGAGCUUUCUUGGCAGAAGGAACAAGAACACUUGACGUGCAGAAGGCAGCAGAACAAGUGGUACGAGAAGGGCAGAUGGUAGGGGAGAGACAGGCUCUUGCAAAGGAAGAUUUUGUUGCUGAGGGAGGCGAUGCUCGCACUGAAGAGGCAGGAGGAGAAGUGGCACGGGCGGGAGAUUUGCUGCCUGAGGAAGACGCGGUGGCUGUGCUGCGGGUGGAGGAAUCUGCACCUGGGGAGAGCGCCAUGGCAGGAGAAGAUCCCAGAGGAAAGGGGACAGGGAAGGGAAUGGAGCCUGGCGCAGCAGUGUCACCCGGGGAGCAGGAAGGGGUGAUGGAGGGGAUGGAGAGCGAGGCAGCACUGGGAGAGCAGGUCCCCAGAGGAGAGGAGCCAGCAGCAGCAGUGCUAGGCGGGGAGGAGGACGGAGCGGUCUCUGAGGGGCAGGAGCUGGCUGGGGGGGUCUCUGGGGCAGAAGAGGCUGCGGAGGAGGGCUCAGGGGUGGAGGAGGCUGUGGGAGCCACAGGGCCUGCGGUGAAGGAGGUGGUGAGCGAAGCCAUGUCUGAGGCAGAGGAGGCCAUGGAGGAGGGAGGUUUUGCAGGGGACUUUGUGGCGGGUGCUGUGUCUGAGAGAGAGGGGGCUUUGGAGGAUGUCAGCGUGGCAGAAGGGAUUGCCAGGGUCGUUGGCCCUGAAGGAGAGGAGCCUGUAGAGGAAGCCGUUUCUGGAGGAGAGGAUGCUGUGGAGGAGCCCGGGGCUCUCCUGGGAGCGUUAGAGGAUACAAAUGUUUGCACAGGAGAAGCAAUGGUUGGUGGAGGAGACUUUGGAAAGCCAAAUGAGUUUUCCCAGCUGAAAGCAUCAGGGGAAGAGCAGAUGGAGAUGGGGAAAGCUGCCAUAGGAGCAGCAGGAUCUGAGGCUGGCAAGGCAUCAGAGGUAGAAGGGAGCUCUCUCCUGAGAGCAGAGGACACAGUGGAGGAGUCCGUGGAGCCUGGCAAGGGUCCCGUGUUGGAAGUAGCACCUGGAGUAGAGGCACUGGUGGAUGCUGGAGGGGAUCCCAUGAGUGAAGGGUCAUCUCAGUUGGAGGAGACCACAGCAGCGGUGGAGGAGGAGGGCUCAGCAGGAGCACUUUUGGGUGGAAGCCCAUCUCUAGGCAGCAAAGGAGAGACAGAAAGUGCAAUGGAAGGAAAACCUGAUGGAGGGGCGAUGGGAGUAUCUGUGGGGACGGGCAGAGCAGCGCCAGGAGGGGGAGAGGAGGCCAUGGGUGGAGCAGCAGGUCCAAGGGAGCUGGCAGCUGGGAUGGAGGGAUCACUGGAGCGUGCCGAAGAGAGAGGGAAGGGGAGGCGUCCUGGUGAGGCCUUGGAUGAAGUGCUGCCAGCCGCGGUGCUGUGUGUGAGCCGGACUGGGGAGGCCGGGCUGGUGGCCAUUGCGGUGGUGGGAGGCCAGGCAGGGCCAGGGGCUGGGGCUGAGGGAGAGGCAGGGGAGCCGGCGCUGCCGGGGGUGGCGGCGGUGGCCGGGAUGUCCCCCCGGCAUGGAGAGCUGCAUGGAACCAUGUCCCCUGGGGAGCAGCCAGAGUCAGAACCCCCCCUGAGAGCCCCUGCACAGGGGGUCGGGGCAGCAGAGCUGAGGGACAGAGGGUCUGCAGGAGGCGAGGGGCUGUGCCUGGGCCCGCAGCUGGCAGCUCCUGCGACAGGAGCAGUGGGGGACGAGGGGGGGCCGCAGGAGGGGACAGAGCAGGCGGGAGUGAAGGCUGAGGGGGGACAGCCAGGCCCCUGCGGAAACACCGGAGAGAGAGAGGCAGCGGGUGCCCUGGCGAGCGCCCGGGACGCGCCGGGAGCCGGGGAGCAGAGGAAGGACGGUCUCCCCGGAGGGAGCCCAGCCGCCCCCGCAGCCGCCGGCGUGGGCGAGAGGAGCCGCGGUGCCCCUGGGGAUGUUGGAAACCCAGAUGCAGUUGUCAUGCCCUCAGUACAGCCCCAGGAUGGGGAAGAAACUCUCUUCUAAGCCUUUUCUGCAGCUCCUUCAGUGCUGUGUCCGGCAACACUUACACAAAUUGCUGUGGGUUUGUGCCUGCUGGGAUGUUCACUCCUCCUUUGAUUUACUCCACGAGUACCACAACCAUCUGUCACAUUCUGCUAGAGCAGCUUCUCAGUGUGCAGCAGACAACUGAAAUAAAUCUGUGUAUGCCGGCCCGGGAAACAGCACUCCUCCCUAAUUAUGAAGACAAUAAUCGCAACGAUUGUUCCA